CGGUGCUUCCGUUAGCCGCGCCCCGGCGGUUGCCGAGGCCGGCGCGGUGGAGCUGCCAGAGCUGCGGGUGCGGAGGAGCUGUGGAGCCGACCCCGGGAGCCGGGAGCAGGAGGACCUGGUGUCUGUGUCAGAUUUGUACCUGCGGAGUCAUUGUGGAUGGAAUGGGGGAAAUACAGAUACAGAAACCUACAAAGAAAGAACAAGGAAUAUAUGGAUGUUCUGUCGCUAAUCAUCUCGGUUCGGACGUGGAAAGUUCUUCUGUGCUGUAUGCAGAGGCACCUGUUAUCUUGUCUAUUGGAAGAAAUAUCACCAGACCGGAGCACAGCCAUCUCUCCGUCGUGAUUGGAGGCAUCGUGGAAGCACCCCAGCGAGCAAACGUGACCAUCCAAUGUCCUGUAAAAGGUGUCCCUCAACCUAAUAUAACUUGGUUGAAGAAAGGAGGAUCUCUGAGUGACAAUAUUUCCUUGCUUUUCAAUGGAUCCCUGUUGUUGCAGAAUGUUUCCCUUGAAAGUGAAGGAACCUACGUCUGUACAGCCACCAAUGCUCUUGGAAAGGCGAUGGCAUCAUCCAUCCUCCACUUGCUGGAACAAAGACAGUCAGGCAGUAAACUUCUAUUUCCCAAGGACCAUAAACAGCAUAUGCUCCAGGCAUCCAACACUGGAACCAACAGUAAUGGGCCAACAAGAAAACCCCUACCUUCAGAGACUUUCUGGGAGCUUGGUAGCUGGACACAGUGUUCUGCCACUUGCGGCCACUUGGGAGCCCGAGUUCAGAGACCCCAGUGUGUAAUGGCCAACGGGCAGGAAGUGAGUGAGGCCUUCUGUGAGCAUCUCCAGAAGCCGCUGGCUGGGUUCCAGCCCUGUAACAUCUGGGACUGCCCCUCGAGGUGGUUCACGGGCACGUGGUCAGAGUGCUCUGUGUCUCGCGGUGAAGGAUUCCGCAGUCGGCAAGUGACCUGUAAGCGCACGAGAGCCGAUGGAACUGUGCAGGUGAUGCCUCCGAGAGCAUGUGCCCCCAGAGAGAGGCCUCUGGGAAGAAGACCCUGCUCCAGUCACCCGUGUGUUCAAGGGCUUAUUGAACCAGGGAACCAGUGUCCUGGACGUUGCCUGGGUCGCGCUGUGAGGAUGCAGCAGCAGCAUCAUAUAAUUUGUCAACACCCCAACCGUUCUGAGUCCGGCUGUGAUGACAGGAGGUACCGGCCCCGCCCUAGGGCAGCACACAACCUCUGCCACCUCAGAUAGUGACUAUGACCGC